AUGGCGAUUACUACUUUAGCUCUAAUAGAAGAAUUAACAGUCCAAAAACCAGUGAGCGUCACUACCUCUACUACCUCUACUACCCUCACUACUUCCACAAGCUCUAUUACCUCUAAUAAAAGCACUUCUGCUGUUCUUAAGCCUAUUGAAGACGAAAAAUUAAGAAAGCUCCGCUGA